AAUAUAUUAAUGGCAAAAUGCUCUACGAGAAACUAUCCACUAAUCAUGCUCUUAGAGCAUGUCCAAUUCAAUAUGUAAGUGAAGUUCUCAAAUUAAAAGAACAUAAAAAAAUAACCAAAAUAGGAAAAAGAUAAACUUUGUAUCUGAAAUGAGAUGCUUAGAGAACCUCUUCACAUACCUACUUGCCACGUGUAAUGUUCUAACUAGUUAAUUUUCUUUUUAAAUAACAAAGUUAAUCAAAAAAGAAUAAAGUAUACUCAUUACAAACCUUAUAAAAAUAACUUAUCCUAGACGCUCGACUUCUGCCGCCGAUAGAACCCUAGGAAGAAAAAGUCACCAGCGCAGAUUCAGUAGCUCCGGCGGUCGGUGGUUCUCACUGCCGCCGGGAGCGGUUCCGUCUCAGUUCCGUGUAAGAUUUUAUGGUUUUCUCUUCGGCUUCUCGACAUUUUUUCUUGUAGUGGAAUCAGAUAUGGGCUCAAGGUAAGAUUCUGACGUUUCUGAUGUUGGUCUCUGGUCGCCCUUGUCUGGAUGGGAGAAUCGAUGGGUGCUGGUCUCUUUGGCCUUGGUGUGGUGGUCCGAAUCAGUCUGGCAGAUUCUGGCACCGCUGUAGCUAGACGGUCAAGCAUUCUCUGGGAUUCUUCUUCUGGUUGUCGCUAUUGAAGGUCGAGGUUGGUUUUCAUGUCUGUAGUUGUGUUGUUAUUAGGUUCUUGUUGUUGCUUCAUGGUCACGAGGCUUUGAUGGUCUUGGAUUCACCAGAGAGUGUGGGGGUUAUGUAUCUCUAUCUCGCCUGGCUUGGAUUGCUCCUCUAGGUUCGUAUCGGUUUUCAGGAGCGCGGUGCAGGACUCAGCUGACUAUGAUGUGGGUAGUUACUUCUUCCAUCGGAUCUGGAGAGGUGAUUUCAGGUUGGCGUUUGGUGGUGCGGAGUGCUCGGCUCUCUGUGAUGGAGUUGGUUGGUCGUGAGGCAGUGUUGGUUUCUUUGUAUCUUCCGUUUGGAUCUCCCAACUGGAUUCUAAGGCUCUAUCCUCUGUUCUCGAUAGCCUCUUGUUUCUUCCCGAAUUACCUUUGCGUUUGUUGGUGAAUUAUCCAUUGUGAAGCUUCGGUUUAGUGACGUUGUGCCAUUCCUUGGUUUUAAACCGACGGGUUCUUCCGGAUUUCUUGGUAAGGGACUUUGGAGCUUCAGCUCAAUCGCGUUUGGUCAUGGAGUAGUUUGACUGUAAUCAGUUUCUUCGUCUACUGCUCGGGUGGAGAUCCGUUCUCUCGUUGCUUCUCUUAGUUGAAGUUUGUUCGUGAGUGGCGGUUGCUUGUGGUUCUUAUCUGAACUUGUCUUGAAGCCUUGCUAUCACCCCCAAUAAUUUUGACCCUCAUCGCCUUCUCGCUUAUCCCGACGUCCUUAUCGAAUUGCUUCACUUUCUUGAUAAUGUUUUGUUAGCUCCAGAAUUCUUAGUGACCUUGUUUGCUUUUAGGUCGUGUAAGGUUGUGUUCUUUUUAGUUGUCUUUCUAGUCUCCAGACGAUAUUGUUAAUCGUGCAGGAUGUUGUCUCCGGAAAGGUUUGUUCUUUUGCCGGCUUUGUGUAUUUGGCUUUGUGCACUUCCGUUAAGUUAAUGAUAAUCUAUAGACGACAAAAAAAAAAGAAUAAGGUAUACUAAAAUAUAAUUUUAAAUCUGACAAGAACUUUUUUUUGCAUACUUUACCGUUAAGGUUUCUCUUAUAGCUUUAACAGUAGAGGUUUCUCACACAGUUUCUUCAUAUUAAAAUAACAAAGAAAAACUAAAAAGGAAGAGAGAGAUGAUAGAAACUUGAGGGACGAUUUUUUCAGAAGACUCAUUUGAGUUAAUAAAUUGUUUUUAUAGAUGUCACAUAAAGAGUUCGUGGUCCAUCUUUUUUUUAUUUUUAAAAUUUAUUUAUGUUAUUACAUAAUUAAUAUAAUAUUGAUGAGAUACUCUUGGUAGAGAAUCUACCUCAAAUGAUGCUCUUAGAUCUUUUUUUUGUCAACUACAUAUUUAACUAGAACAAGUUUUCUGAAGAGCACUUUGUCUAUCAGUGUCUGAUAUAUAUGAGAGAAAAUACAUCAUCUGGCCCUUGCCUCUUUUGCCAGUGAAUCCGUUCGGCCAUUUCUGUUCUGAGAAAUAUAUAGAGAUUAGAUUCACUUAUUCGAAGUCUUCCUCUAAUCUCCAGAACACAUCAAUUUUUUAAUUUCUGACGCGAAUGAUGGACUUUGUAGUUAUGUCAACUAGGUCUGAGCAGUCUCUCGAAACAGAUCAAUGAUAUCCUCUUAUCUCUCAUGUGUGAAACUGUCCAAAGUAAGCCGUCCAUCUCAGUAUGUUAUCGAAAAAGUUAUUUGGUUCCUUUCCGCUCAAUCCCGGAAACAAUCUCUCUCAAAAGGUAUGAAUCAUCACACAACGCUAGAUUAGUAAUAGCCUCUGUUUGAUAUUUGUUUUGUGCUUAUCAUUAUAUUCUUCUUGCCAUUGUUUGUAUUUUCCCUAAUGAUCAUAUGUUAUGCUUUGCUUAUUAUUCUAUAGUAACAUAUUUCAUUAGCUUAUUAUCCUAAACACUUCGUUGAUUAUUUUCUUGAUAUAUAGAAUGAUGAAAGCUACUUUCUCCUCAACGGCGUAUUGACCGAAAUCUUUUCGGGAGUAAGUGGAUGGCGCCACCUUCCUUGGGAUCUUUCCAGUAGAUUUCUGGUAUUUAUUGAGAAUACCCUACUAGAAAAGGUUAGCUAACUCUCAGUACUCUAUAACUCAAGCUGAUUAGUUAUCGUUGAUUUUUGUUUUUGUUGCCCGUACUCUAUCUGCACUGCAUUGUUUAUCAUGUGAACAUGUAUGUUUGUAGAUUACCAGGAGCAUUAGUAAAUCUAUUCGUGAAAAGACCUUACUUGCACUCAUGCCUUUUGUUCAAAAACUUACUUUGAGCUUGGACGGUGAUUGGAGAGAUAAUCUUAUGCAGGUUCGUCUAUGUUAGUUCCUUCCAUAGCUAGCAUGCAAUUUCAUUUAUAUAUAUGAUUGUUUAUAUUUUCGGGCAUUUACUAGCAUGCAAUUGCAAACCAGAGUCUCCACUUAAAUUAGCUUGCAUUUCAGUUGUUAGAGACCUGAUUAUCCCUGUAAGUAAAAUUUAUUUCAUGAUGUGGCUAAUCUCACUUUCCACACACUUUGAUUAAAUCUCAAAUCCGUUUUCUUGUAAUGGAAUGAAAUUCAUUCAUUUCAUUCAUGAACAAAUUUGUUAUGGAAUAGUUUUCUUUGUAUUUUAUCUAAUUACUUUUGAAAUGGGUGGAAUGAACAUUCCAUUCCAUUCAUAGCAAAUGGUAAAUUUUUUUGUGGAAUUGAUGGAAUCAACCAUUUCACAUAAUUCCAUUCCAAAAUAUUGUAAUCCAGUUGCACCAAACAACUUUUUUCAUCUCUUUGAAUUGAUAUGGGUUUAUGCUUCAUCUGCAGAAGUUUCUGUUUUGUUUACUUUUAAAAAACACCUACUGGUGUUGUCUUUCUCAUUUUGUUUGCAGUUUGUAUUCGUGGUACUUUUUCCGUUGGUUGAAUCAAUGACAAAAAAAAAGAAUUGAUAUGGGUUAAAAUGUUUCAUUUUUAAUCUUCUGGGAUUUGACACAUCUCUUCUUUGAUGCCAGUGUAUACCAGAAGAUAAUGAUGUAGGAGACUCUUAGAUUUACAGAACCUAAUCUAGAAGUUUUCCUUUUAUUUCAUGUUUUCCUUGUCUUGUAGAGAUUUACCUUUUUAUGUUUUAGGCUCUCUCUAUAUAAGAGGGUUUUAGGUAUUUUAUUUUAGACAUUCAUAUCUUUUCUUAUCAAUAGAAGUUUUCAAGCUUUUAUCUUUUCUGGUGGAUUCCAGAGCUUAAUAUUCGAGUUCUUGCUUGAGAGCUUGAUUUUGAUCUAAGGGUUAGUGUUUGCUAACCUUAGUGAUUUCCGACUGCGUCAAGUGGUAUCAGAGCAAGGUCUUCUCCUUCUCUUUUCGAAGCUUGAUCAGCCAUGGGUGAUCAACCAGUAACCAAAGCCGACUUCGAGGGUUUCGCAGAAGGUUUAAGGGAGGCAACCACAAACCUCACUGCCGUAACUGCUCAAUUGGCAAAUCUGGUAACUGCGUUAAAUAAUCAGGUUGUGGCUUAUCCCAAUCAGGUUAAUAACGCCGGUCAAAGAGGUGGAGAAAGAAGACCAAUUCGAGGUCAACAAGGUCGAAACAAUCGUGAUGUUUGUUGAUAAUUCUAGUUCAGAAGAAGAAUCAGAAGAAGAAAUAGCUGAAGGAAACCUACAAAACAAUUAUGAUUAUCGGGUAAAAGCCGAUAUUCCAUUGUUCUAUGGAACUAUGGGAGUGGAGGAGUUUCUUGAUUGGCAAAUUGAUGUUGAUCGAUUUUUUGAUGUCAUGGGCGUUCCUGAGAAUAAACAAGUUAAGAUGGUAGCUGUCAAACUGAAGAAGACUGCUGCAGUGUGGUGGGAUAAACUCGUUGUCCAAAGGCAAAGACAAAGGAGAGGACCAGUUAGGACUUGGCGUCGAAUGAAGCAAUUAAUGCUGGAGCGAUUCUUACCGGAAGAUUACGAACAAAUUCUUUACAAGAUGUAUCUCGAUUGUGUUCAAGGAAACAUAACUGUGACCGAGUACACAGCUGAAUUCUUGCAUUUCUCUGAACGCAAUGAGUUAGGUGAAACAGAGAAUCAGAAGGUGGCUAGGUACAUCAGUGGGUUAAAGGGUUCUCUUCAGGGAAAGAUGGGUUUGCAAACCGUAUGGACCGUGCAGGAAGCUUCCAGUCUAGCAUUAAAAGCUGAGUUAAUGGAGAAGUCAUCACGCGGGUUCUCAACAUUUAGAAGAAACACGGCUCAGACCAAUUUUGAACCAACAAGUGAGAAAGAAAAGAGUGUAGCCAAUAAAGACUCCAAUCCGGGAAACAAAGGAGCUAGUAGCUCUAAUUCAACCCAACAGAACAAGGCACCAGCUCAGAGACAAAACAAUCCUUAUGCUAAGCCUUCCAUUGACAAGUGUUUCCGUUGCCAAGGACAUGGUCAUAAAUCAAAUGUCUGUCCAAGUCGGAGAACAGUUGCUAUAAUAGAGGAAGAAGAUGAAGAGGAUGAAAGGGAUUUUGCUGAGAAUGAAGAAUAUGAGGGAGCUGAAUUCGCUGAAGAAGAAUCUGGAGAGAUGAUAAACCUUGUGCUGCAACGAGUCUUGUUAUCAUCUAAAGAAGAAGGCCAACGUAAGAAUUUGUUUAGAACACAUUGUUCUAUUCAAAACAAGGUGUGUAAUGUGAUUGUGGAUAAUGGAAGCUCAGAGAAUUUAGUUUCUCAAAAGCUGGUGGACUAUCUGAAGCUACCCACAACCCGUCAUGAGAAACCGUACGGUCUUGGUUGGGUGAAGAGAGGAUCACAAGUUCGAGUUAGCAUGACUUGCAAAGUUCUCAUAUCUAUAGGUAAACAUUAUAAGGAGGAGAUCACUUGUGACGUUCUUGACAUGGAUGUUUGUCACAUUCUUCUUGGACGACCUUGGCAGUAUGAUAACGAUAUCACAUAUCGAGGUCGAGACAAUGUGAUAAUGUUUACGUGGGGCAACCAUAAAAUUGCCAUGGCACCUGUUAAGGAUUUUUGUAACACUGCGAAGGAAAAGAAGUCAAGUUUCUUGGUUAUGACACAUGACGACAAAGAGCUUGAUGGGGAUGUUCAAGAAGCAAGUGUUUCUAUCCCUUGGUUGUUAAAGGGUUGUUGAGUGCAGUAACGGAGGAAACGUCAACCCCAAGAGAAGUGUUAGAAAUUCUGGAUGAUUUCAAAGAGUUGAUUGCGGAAGAACUUCCUAAUGAUCUACCUCCCAUGAGAGAUAUUCAGCAUCAUAUUGACUUGAUUCCAGGAUCCAGUCUGCCAAAUCUUCCCCAUUACCGUAUGAGCCCUAAGGAGAAUGAGAUUUUAAGGGAACAGAUUGAAGAUUUGCUGAGAAAAGGAUUUAUUCGUGAGAGCAUGAGUCCAUGUGCCGUACCGGUUCUGCUAGUUCCUAAGAAAGGUAACCAGUGGCGGAUGUGUGUUGAUAGUAGAGCCAUUAAUAAGAUAACCAUUAAAUAUCGAUUCCCUAUACCCCGGUUGGAAGAUAUGCUUGAUGAGUUGUCAGGUUCUAAGGUGUUUUCAAAAUAGAUCUUCGAAGUGGCUAUCAUCAAAUUCGAAUCAGGCCUGGAGAUGAGUGGAAAACUGCUUUUAAGAGUAAAGACGGAUUAUUCGAAUGGAUGGUGAUGCCUUUUGGGUUGUCAAAUGCUCCUAGCACUUUCAUGAGAUUAAUGAACCAGGUUCUCCGCCCGUUCAUUGGUUCUUUUGUGGUGGUUUAUUUUGAUGACAUUUUGAUAUACAGUAAAACAAAAGACGAGCAUAUGGAACAUUUGAAGCAAGUUUUGCAGGUUUUACAAGAAAACCAAUUGUACAUCAAUCUUAAAAAAUGUACGUUCAGCACCAACAAGCUGUUAUUUCUUGGAUUUGUUAUUGGUGAAGAAGGGAUUCAGGUUGACCAGGAGAAAGUGAGUGCCAUAAGGGAUUGGCCGGUUCCUAAGUCAGUCACUGAGAUACGCAGCUUUCAUGGUCUAGCUACUUUCUACAGAAGAUUUGUUAGAGAUUUUAGUACCAUUACUGCGCCUAUCACUGAGUGUUUGAAGAAAGGGAAGUUUCAUUGGGGAUCUGAACAGGAAGAGAGUUUUGCUUUAAUUAAAGAGAGGCUUUGUACUGCACCAGUAUUAGCCUUACCCGAUUUUGACAAAGUGUUUCAAGUGGAAUGUGACGCUAGUGGUGUGGGAAUAGGUGCCGUCUUAUCACAAGAAAAACGACCGAUAGCUUUCUUUAGUGAAAAGUUAAGUGAAGCUCGCCAAAAGUGGAGCACGUAUGAUCAAGAGUUCUAUGCGGUUUUUCGAGCUCUUCGACAAUGGGAGCAUUACUUGGUUCAGAGAGAGUUUGUUCUAUUUACAGACCACCAAGCUCUAAAGUAUCUUCACAGCCAGAAAGUGAUAAAUAAGAUGCAUGCUCGUUGGUCUUUGAAGGAGUUGUACGAAUGUGAUGUUGAAUUCAAGGAGUUAUGGGGCAAAUGUAAUGGGAAGCAUCCUUCGGCAGAUUUCCACAUACGAGAUGGUUAUCUUUUUAAAGGAGACAGGCUGUGCAUUCCUUGCUCGUCAUUACGAGAAAAGUUGAUUCGCGAUUUGCAUGGUGGCGGCCUUAGUGGUCAUUUGGGAAGAGACAAGACCAUUGCUAGCUUGGAGACAAGGUUUUAUUGGCCACAUUUAAGGAGAGAUGCGGGUGCUAUAGUUAAAAGGUGUUAUAUCUGUCAGGUUUCUAAAGGACAAUCUCAGAACACUGGACUUUAUAUGCCAUUACCAAUCCCAGAAGAUAUUUGGCAAGACUUGUCUAUGGAUUUUGUGCUAGGCUUACCUCGUACACAGCGAGGCGUCGAUUCUGUGUUUGUGGUCGUUGACAGAUUCUCCAAGAUGUCGCAUUUCAUCGCUUGCAAGAAGACUGCAGAUGCCUCUAACAUCGCCAAGUUAUUUUUUCGGGAAGUGGUACGUCUUCAUGGGGUUCCUAAGACAAUAAUUUCCGACAGAGAUACCAAGUUUCUGAGUCACUUCUGGAUUACACUUUGGAGAAUGUUUGGAACCAGCUUGAAACGGAGUUCUACAGCUCAUCCACAGACUGAUGGGCAAACCGAGGUGACGAAUAGAACUUUGGGAAUAUGAUUCGAAGUGUUUGUGGAGAUAAACCGAAACAAUGGGAUCUGGCUUUACCUCAAGUGGAGUUUGCUUACAACAGUGCCGUGCACUCAGCUACAGGGAAAUCACCUUUUUCUUUGGUCUAUUGUUCUAUUCCGAAGCAUGUGGUCGAUUUGGUUAAGUUGCCUAAAGCUCCUGGAGUUAGUAUCUCAGCUGAGGCUAUGGCAGAGGAUAUUCUAGCAACUAGAGACGCUGUCCGAGCGAAGUUAGAAGCAACUGGCCAAAAGAAUAAAGAAGCAGCAGACAAGCGUAGAAGACUCAAGGUUUUCAAAGAAGGAGAUGAAGUGAUGGUGUUUCUACGAAAAGAAAGAUUCCCCGUGGGCACAUAUCGCAAGCUACAGCCUCGCAAAUAUGGUCCAUUCAAGAUUUUGCGGAAGUUAAAUGAUAAUGCUUAUGUGGUGGCACUUCCAGAAGACAUGAACAUUUCUAAUACGUUCAAUGUGGCUGACAUCUAUGAGUACCAUGCUGAUGGUGUUCUUUAUCCAGAAGAGAACUCGGGGUCGAGUUCUUUCGAGGUGGAGGAGACUGAUGUAGGAGACUCUUAGAUUUACAUAACCUAAUCUAGAAGUUUUCCUUUUAUUUCAUGUUUUCUUUUUAUUAUAGGGAUUUACCUUUUUAUGUUUUAGGCUCUCUCUAUAUAAGAGAGUUUUAGGUAUUCUGUUUUGGAUAUUCAUAUCUUUUCUUAUCAAUAGAAGUUUUUAAGCU